AUGUUGGUAAUCUUGCAAAGAUUAUUCCAAUCCAAGGCAGAAUCCAACAUAUAUGAGAAUCCAAAUCCAAUUUUUGAAGUUCAAGAUUGGGAAACAGUGUUUAGUCUGCGUCAAACAGUGAAAUGUUAUAUACUAACUGAAGAUUCAAAAACAGUGCAUUUUGACAUAGAUGAAGACGGUCUUAAUGAAAUAUCAAUCAAGGAUUCACAGUCUCAUGAAGACAUUGCGUGGUUAAGCGUGUUUACGAGGAAUGAAUCAGAAGGUACUGAUUCUAAAAAUUUGGUGAGCCUCACUCAGAGAUCAAAGCUGAAUGAAUUUGUCCUAUUGUGCAAGGGUAAGAAUGACCUCUCUCUGAAGGUCUUAAAAGCAUCCUGUUCGGAGCCAGAUUAUCCUUCAGUGGAAAGGUGCAACAUGAAAACAUGCAACCAUGAAGAUCCUGACUUCAAACAGCUGAAUGAAGAUAAUAACUUUUUCAUCAUGCAUUACCAAGGAGAUUCAGUACAGUUCCAAUGCUAUGAAGACAGAAGUUACUAUCUGCAUGUGAAUGACGACUCACUUGAUAUUUGCAAGCUGGAAAACAAAGAACCCAACGGGGACAAAAAUUUUUACUUCAGAGUGUCAUAUUUACAGGAAAAAUAACUUGUCUACCUUUCCGUUGCCUAAUUGCCCACAAUCCUAUGAAGAGGAGGAAGUUUGAGAUCAACUAAUUUCUGGUUUGGCUGAAAUCUUACAUUUACUUAAUUUCUGAGUCACUAAUGUAUUUUAUUUCUUUACUUUAAAUAGCAAAAGAGUAAGGCUAAGUUUGAAAAACAUACCAACUGAUCAGUCUCUGUGUCUUACCUGCACAAUUAUCUUUUCAAGGAUAUGAAAUCUUCUGGAAUGGGAAAAGUAUGUGGGGGAUAUUUCAAAGGUGAAAAAGAAGGAAUAUAUAUGAAUAUACAAAGUGCAUUUAGUUCUCCCUGUGGUAAAUGUUUUACUUU